AUGGCAUUCUCCAGGACUUGUUUGAUCAUUUAUUUCCUUGUACAUUUGAUCCUAUGUGUGGCUUCAAUGACGUUCAAUUUGACUGAUAUUGGUCCCCGAAGUGAGAAUCUGGAAAUAGUUACUGAAGGUGCUGCUUAUAUCACUAGCGAUGGAAUCCAACUGACGCCUGCGGGGUACGUGUUCUUUGAGAAGAUAGCUGGACGGGCAACAUAUAUCAGACCACUCCAUCUAUGGGACCGAAAAUCUGGUCAGUUGGCAAGCUUCUCUACCAAUUUCACCUUUGUGAUUAAUUCACAUCAGGGAAAGAUUUACGGCGGUGGCCUCACAUUCUUUCUUGCUCAGAAUAAUUCUGUUAUAACUGGUGGGUCGGCUUUGGGGCUUCCUCUUAGUAAUAAUAAAUCCAUGAGCCCAUUUGUUGCAGUGGAGUUUGUUACUGGUGUAAUACCUAGCAGUGAUCAUGUGGGUAUUAGCAUUAACUCUCCUACUUCUGUUGGUUAUAAAAAUUGGUUAAGCAAUGUACCUGGUGGGGGAUUGUCUCAAGCUUGGAUUACAUAUGAUUCUGUUUCAAAAAAUCUCACUGUUUCCUUCACUGGUUUUCAAAAUAAUACAGCUGUACGUCAAGAUGGACUUGUUUACACUGUUGAUAUGAGGAAUGAGUUGCCUGAAUGGGUUAUUUUCGGAUUCUCAGGAAGUGCAUCUGGAAGUCCUUAUUACCAGAGCAAUUUGGUGAUAUCUUGGAGUUUCCUUAGUUCGGAUUUUCCUACAAAAGUUAAAAAUAUGAAGGUGAGAUUGAUAGUAGGAAUGUGGGUCGCCAUUAUGUUUAUGGCGGUGCUUAUUUUUGUUAUGCGGAGAUGGAAGAGGAAGAAAAGCUGGGAAAAUGAAGAGGACGAACAUGAAUUUGAUGUAGAGAUGAACAAAGUCUUUGAAAUGGGCACCGGACCUAAAAGAAUUUCCUACCAAAAAUUAGUUCGGUCCACAUGUAACUUUGCAGAGAACCAGAAGCUUGGUGAGGGAGGUUUUGGUGGUGUUUACAAAGGUUUCUUUAAAGAAUCGAGCACACACGUUGCAGUUAAAAGGGUAUCAACAAGUUCCAGACAAGGGAUCAAGGAGUAUGCAUCAGAAGUCAUGAUCAUUAGUCGAUUGAGGCAUAGAAAUCUGGUGCAACUCAUUGGUUGGUGUCAUGAGAAUAGAGAACUCCUACUUGUUUACGAGUUUAUGGAAAAUGGAAGUUUGGAUUUACACCUUUUCAAGGAAAAGAGCUUGUUGGCAUGGGACACAAGGAACAAAAUUGCCCAUGGCUUGGGUUCUGCUUUGCUGUAUCUUCAUGAAGAAUGGGAGCAAUGUGUUUUGCAUAGAGAUAUCAAAUCGAGCAAUGUGAUGUUGGACUCACAUUUCAACCCAAAGCUUGGUGAUUUUGGGUUAGCAAAGUUGGUUGAACACGAAAAAGGCACACAGACCACAAUGUUAGCUGGAACCAUGGGUUACAUGGCCCCAGAAUGUGUAGUAACAGGAAAAGUAAGCAAGGAAUCAGAUGUGUAUAGCUUUGGUGUUGUUACUUUGGAAAUAGCUAGUGGGAGGAGAACUAUCGUGUACACAGCGGAAGAAAGACAAACAAGACUAGUAGAAUGGGUUUGGGAGCUCUAUGGGACUAGAACUCUAGUCGAAGCUGCAGAUCCACGUCUUGGCUCGGAUUUUGACGAGGAAGAACUGAAGCGAUUGAUAGUUGUUGGGUUAUGGUGUGCACACCCUGACCCUGAUCUUCGUCCAUCAAUGAGGCAAGCUAUACAAGUACUCAAGUGUGAAGCGCCCCUGCCUAAGCUACCAUCACACAUGCCAGUGGCUACUUAUUCUGCACCUCCUAUGUCUUGGAUAUAUGGUGUCACUUCCAUCAUACAAGAUCAGUUGGUGAAAUUGGGCUAAAGAUUGAGGUGAACCAAGACAUGAAUUAGUGUCUUGAUCUAAAAGCUUUUGCUGGAAAAUAUCUGAACUUUAUUUUCACAUGAAACAAAGAAUGUUCCUGUUCGCUUUUCUUCUUCACAGUUAGGACACAAUCGGUUUCUGUGCUCUCGUCAUUAUGGCCAGAAUGACGCUUUUGUAGGAAACCGUCUUGGCAUCAGUGGAGUUUUACUGCAAGUGUUAUUGGGUUAAUCGGUUGGUUUAACGGGUCACGGGCCAGCAGGUAAAUGGGUCAUCCAUCAGCUAAUGGGUCAUGGGUGAGAACCUGUCCAAGUUGGAGUUUUGCUGAAAAUAAGGAAGUAGUGGGGUUUAUUUUGCAUGUGAUUUAUUUGAUUAAUUCUCAUUUUUUAGGAGGUCUACGUGAGUCUUUAUCUAUAUAUAUGGUUUAUUUUUAUUGAAUGGAAGUGUGAGUUUGUUGAGUGAGAAAAGAGUGGGGCCUGAACCAACAUUUGGUAUCAGAACAAGGUCGUCAAGCUAUGAGUGCUGGUUUGAGAGUCGUGUUCGGAGAAGGGGGUGCAGCCCUCUAAACUGAAGAGAAAGAAAUACAUAGGGCUGAAGAACGAAAAAAAAGAAGAAAGAGGCGAUUCAAUCCUCAGAAAGAAAGGGCUGAUCUAGGUCAGCGAAACAGAAAGAAAGAAAGAAGAAAGGCUGAUUGAAAUCAGUAAAGUAAGAAGAAAGAGUCGCAAACAACGUGAGAAAGAAGAUUCGUUGCCAGAAAGAACGCGAGAAAGACCGUCGUUGCCGGAAGAGGAACCGGUGAUAAGAAGACCGUCGUUGGAAAGCUUGUUCCGACGGGAGACAAAGAAGACCAAAGACCGUGACCACCGUCGGAAAGAGAUACCGGCGAAAAGAAAACCGUUGCCAGCAAUUAUUUUCUGGCGUAAGAUCGAGAAGGCGGCCGACAAGCCGCAAAAGACCGAAUGGUGUGACCGAGACUGUGGGUGUGAUAGUGACCGAAGGUUCACACCAAGAUAGACCGUAGACCGAAAGAAGCUUUUAAUGAAGAAAGCUUAGACCGCAAGACCGAAAUUGUGAACAAAGACCAAGAGUUCACUUUAGACCGAGUCGUGAACCAAAGACCGAAACGUUAGAAAGAAAGAGAAGACCGAAACUAGAGCGAACCUAAGAGGUUCGUGUAGCAAGUAUGUCAUGUGUGGCUCGUAGCAAGAGAGAACGAGUUCGAAUGUAUGACCAUUUUUCAUAUGUUUG